GGUGGGGAACGGUAUUGGAGAGUUAGCUAGCGGAGAAUAGGUGGUUUGGCUAUUGUAUCUGCACCAGAAUCAAAUUGUGGCAUCAGCGAACUGCAACGCAAACAAAUGAUAAUUAAGAUUUGGGUGAAGCAGAAUUGCAAGAACGCAAAGUUGACUGGUUUUGUAAGUUUUUAAAGCUGAUUUACGAAUUGAUAUGAACAAUAAAUAAUUCAAAAUGGUGAUGAGAAAGUGUUUUAGAAUUCUGGUGGGGCGUUCCCGGCCAAUAUUCCCGAUUGCGAUGGGGAUUUGUUUGGGAAUCACGCUGAGUCUUCUUUGCUCCCCUCUGCUGGAAAGCAAUUGUGGAUUGGAGAAUUUAGUUGCUGUCAGAACUGGCCGUAAAACUCACACAAUAUUCUAUGGAACUGAUGAACAUGGGAAUAUGCUGAGUGAAGACGAUUUUGAGCCUAUUUUACGCGUAGAGGAAAAUCCAACGGACAGAGUCGUCGAGAAACGACGUGUCGUCCGAACACGUUUCAUAGCAACCGAGCUGGGCAUCAAAGAAAAAAUGUUUGUUGCGGUUGUGGUCUCCCGUGGUGAGAUCCAUUCGGAAUCUAUGACGGUUGGCAUCAAUAAAACUCUUGCUCAUUUGGUGAAUAAAAUCGUCUUCUUCACCCGCACAACGCCAGACCCCAUGCCAGCAGGAAUGACUGUCGUCACUUUCGAAGGAGAUCAAGCGAUCAUGCGAACAUUCCAGAUUUGGAAGUACAUUUACGAUCAUUUCGGAAAUGAUUAUGACUGGUUCUUUGUGAUGUCAGAUGACACUUACGUCUUUGGAGAAACUCUAAUUGACUUUGUUAAUCAUAUCAGUAUUGGCAGAGAUAUCUACAUGGGUAUACCAACUCGUGAAGAAGACAUGGAAAUCACUUAUUGUCACAAAGAAUCUGGUUACUUGGUUUCUAAGAAUCUUCUGAAUAAGGUUGGGGAGUACUGGGAGGAAUGUAUGCAGAAAGCUUGGAGUAGUCUGCCUGACCUGGAAGUAGCACGCUGCAUCAAGGAACACAGUGGAGCGCACUGUGUAGACAACUAUGAGGUACAGUAUGAAAGACCUGGGGUCGUUUCACAAAGAUCCUAAGUUGAACUUAUCUCU